GAUUUCAUGGAUUCGGGAAACAGCGUUAUUGCUUUGGUGGCUGCUAACGUGCGCCCAGCGUUGUGUAUCGCCGUCACAUUUUCUGGAAUUUGUUCGUCGUUCGUUUUCUUCGAGGCGGGUUUGGGGGAGAAAUCUGCCUGCUGGAUUUGCGUCAGACUCCGAGUUGUGUUCUUAAUUACUAGUAUAAACAAUUCUUCCGGAAAAUCGAUCGAGUGGAGCGUGGAAAAACUCUUUUUCUCUUCGGUGGCAGAAGAAAUUUAUACUGACGAGAAGCUGAUAUGGUUCCCUGUUGUCUCUGCCUCCGGAGGAACUCCGGUUUCGGUCAAAUCACUCCGAUUCGAUUCUAUGGACCAUUGUUUGGUUUUGAUCUGAGUAUUUGAUUAGGGUUUCGAUUUUCGUUCAUUGGUUUUUAAUAUCUGGUUUUCAUUGGUGGUGAUCAGAUGUCUGCUCUAGCGUUUCGCAUAAUACGGACGAUGAGUAUGCCAAAUUCAUCAGAAGAAUGAAUCCACCCAGGGUUGUGAUCGAUAACGAGGUCUGCAAGGAUGCUACUGUUGUUAAGGUGGAUAGCGUGAAUCGGCCCGGAAUACUUCUCGAAGUUGUUCAAGUCCUAACCGAUCUCAAUCUCAGUAUCAGAAAAGCUUAUGUAUCUUCGGAUGGUGGCUGGUUUAUGGAUGUUUUUAACGUUACCGAUCAAGAUGGGAACAAGGUCACCGAUGAACUGGUUCUUGAUUAUAUUCGCAAAGCUCUUGGGCCUGAGUCUUGCUUUAUGUCAUCUAUGAAAUCAGUCGGGGUCAAGCAAUCAUCAGAUUUCACGGUCAUCGAGUUAACAGGAAGUGAUCGGCCUGGUUUGCUUUCUGAGUUAAGUGCUGUCCUAAGAGAUCUCCAGUGCAACGUGGUGAAUGCUGAAAUAUGGACACACAACACGAGAGCAGCAGCUGUUGUACAGAUCACCGAUGAAGAAACGGGUUGUGCAAUUACUGACCCAGAAAGACUGUCCAAAAUCAAGAAGCUUCUCGGUAAUGUGCUUAUGGGAAGCAACGGUAGAAUCCAUGAAGCGAAAACCAUGGUUCCUUCUUCCGAGGUCACUCACACCGAUCGGAGGCUUCAUCAGAUGAUGUUUGCUGGUAGAGAUUAUGAACAGCGGGCCAAUGGUGAUGAUGCUGUGGAUAAGGUUGGUAGACUUAGGCCGGAUGUGGAUGUAGAUGUAGUGAAUUGGCAUGAUAGAGAUUACUCUAUUGUCACUAUCAGAAGUAAAGAUAGGCCAAAGCUUCUCUUCGAUACGGUUUUUACGUUAACAGAUAUGAAGUAUAUGGUUUUCCAUGCAAAGAUUGACGCUGAAGGUCCUGAAGCUCAUCAGGAGUAUUACCUAAGACAUACAGAUGGAUCUCCCGUAAAAUCUGAGGCCGAAAGACAGCGUGUGAUAAGAUGCCUCAGAGCAGCUAUCCAAAGAAGGGUAUCUGAGGGUUUGAAGCUUGAGCUAUGCACCACAGAUAGAGUUGGAUUACUGUCAAAUGUAACCCGAAUCUUCCGGGAGAACAGCCUUACCGUCACAAGGGCCGAAGUGAAAACUAAAGAAGGAAAAGCUCUCAACACAUUCUAUGUGAGCGAUGUUUCGGGGUACCAAGUCAAUGCCAAGACCAUAGAUGCAAUCAGACAAGUCAUUGGGCAAACGAUACUCAAAGUGAAAGGCAAGACAGGGGGUCUAAAACCGGCAUCUCCAGAAUCUCCGACGAGAUUUCUAUUCGGAGGCCUCUUCAAGUCGAGAUCUUUUGUCAAUUUCGGGUCAAUCAGAUCCUAGUCUUGAAGAUGGGCAAGGGUUUUCUCAGGAGAAAGUUUCAGACUUUGUACAUAGAUUGUGGUUACUGGUAGGAGAAAGAAGUAAAACGAUAGCAAAAAUAGUGAAAGUUCUUCAGGUUUCAGGGAUUUUCAUGUGAUGAAUGUUGGAAAUAUGGUCAAAAUUUCAUCUGUACAUAAAUCGUAUGUUUCAUGUUUUGAAUGGUCGUUCAAAAUCCACCA